CCAACCUCGAAUUUUGACGGAAAACUUAUAAUACUUGUCAUUUUUUUAUGAAAAAUUAAUAUUUUAUACGUUUGGAUUAUUGUUUCAGUGAUAAUUUUCGUAAAUAAAGUGACUGCGUGAUGUGAGACAAGUGAAUUUUGUUUGUUUUGACCCACACCCGCCUCUGUUUUUUUUUGCUUUAUUUUGUUUUUACUAUAACCAAGUUUUUUGUUAUUCGUGAAUUUUCCACAGCUUUGGCUGUAUGUGAAAGAAGCAUUAUCUUCCAUGGGUUUAUAAAGCAAUGGCACGCCGUCGAAGACCGCCCGAACAAUCCAUUAUCGUCAAACUUUCGUGAAACUUCCCCUAUUGUAUCCACCGGAACCCCAAAACAACCAAAAUGGAUCACAGUGUAAAAGCCAUGACUUCUCCUCGAAUUUUAUCGAGAUUGUUGAAUCCGCACCGUUUCGAAAACGACGAACUCGAACAAUUGUACCAACGCUACAUCUGUAAAUUGCAACAUAGCAGCGUCGCGGCCGUUGUCGCGUUAUUCGUCGUAUUGACGUUUCUGUUGGCCAACCUGGGAUUGGGGUAUGCGCAAGCGGCCACCGCGCAGAACGUAUACCAUGCCGCGCAUUGUGUACUUUUUGCGUUGUUAUUGGGGUUUUUGCACACAAGAUUCAUGCAAGACGCUUAUCUUUUAUGGGUCUGCUACGUCGUUCUAUUUUUCCUGGCGACUUUUUGCGCUUUAGCUCUGCCGCUUUAUCCGACGUUAUCGGCCGCCAAAGUGGCCGCAGAAGGUACCUGGCAAGUGGUGUUCGUCGUGUUUCUAGCUUACGCCAUGAUGCCUUUGAAGAGUUACGUCGCCGCCGUAUUCGGGUUCGUAUUGUGCGCCGCUCACAUGGCCGUGGCCGCCAUUUUCUCGACGGAAUUCCACGAUCUAAUAUGGCAACAGCUGAUUGCAAACGUCGUAAUUUUUUUAUGCGUAAACAUUGUCGGUGUUUUUAUGCAUAAUUUGAUGGAACACGCGCAGAGAAAAGCCUUUUUGGAUACAAGGAAUUGCAUAGCCGCCAGAUUGGAAAUGGAAGAUGAAAACGAAAAACUGGAAAGACUCCUUUUGUCCGUAUUACCCCAACACGUGGCGAUGGAAAUGAAAAAUGAUAUAAUUUCUCCAGUCGAAGGGCAAUUCCAUAAAAUUUAUAUACAGAAACAUGAAAAUGUCAGUAUAUUGUUCGCCGAUAUAGUUGGUUUCACUGUUUUGGCGUCUCAAUGUACAGCGCAGGAAUUGGUACGACUGCUUAAUGAACUUUUCGGACGUUUCGAUCAACUUGCUAAUGAUAAUCACUGUUUGCGUAUAAAAAUCCUCGGCGAUUGUUAUUAUUGCGUUUCUGGACUACCGGAACCGCGUUCGGAUCACGCUCAUUGCGCCGUCGAAAUGGGUUUGGACAUGAUCGACGCUAUCGCCAGCGUCGUAGAAGCCACCGACGUCCAAUUGAACAUGCGAGUUGGAAUACAUUCGGGCAGAGUAUUAUGCGGCGUACUCGGACUCAGAAAAUGGCAGUACGACGUUUGGUCCAACGACGUCACGCUCGCCAAUAACAUGGAAGCGGGCGGAGAACCCGGGAGGGUGCACGUCACACAAGCCACUUUGGAUUAUCUGGGCAACGAAUACGAAGUCGAACCCGGUAAUGGUACUUUGAGGAACCAGUACCUGCGCGAUCAUUGCGUCACCACUUAUUUUAUAGUACCUCCUGCCAGAAGACGAAAGCCAAUGUUGUUCAACACGCUGCAGGUUCGAUCGGCUUUGGGUGCCGCGCAGAAAAGGAAAUUAUCCUUCAAGAACGUCUCCAACGUCGUGGUGCAGCUGCUCCAUUCCAUCAAAUAUUCCAUGGAAGUGCCGUUUUCUAAUAUGGCGUUGCAGACGGAUCUCAAAGCGACAAACGCUAGGAAGGUACUAGACCUCCAAAGGGCCCUACACGCCGAUACUUCGACUUGCGAGGGUGGCGCCCAGGCGCAGAGUACCAGCAAAGUGCUAGAACUACAAAGGGUUCUUCAUAGAGAAAUUUCACCCCGUCAAGAGAUCGCUCCCUGUCAAGAAAACGACGUUAACAAUAAGGUGACGGAAAAAUUUAAGAGGCCUUUUAAGAAGAGACAUUCCAGCGUCUAUCACCAGCCUUCGAAUAGGGUGAAUAAAUAUUUGGGUCAGGCCAUCGAGGCAAGGAGUAUCGAUAGGGAAAAAUCGACGCACGUCAACUUAGUCACUCUCUGUUUUAAGGAUAGACAUAAAGAAGAUCAAUACCACCACGACGUAGAUGUGGGUUACAGCUCGACUUUAGCCUGUGCCUUGGUUCUACUAGUACUUCUAAGCACCCUCCAAGCUAUAGUACUACCAAGAACCACCAUUCUCUUCAUUUUAUUUCUCGUUUCUUUCGUAUGGAUAGCGGUAGUACUCAUGCUUUUAUUAGCAGUAAGACUACGUUGGAUACUAUGGGAUAUUUCGCAGAGUUUCAUUCUCAGAUUAGCCAUUACAGUAUUCACCAUCAUUUUAGUGUAUACGGUUGCACAAGUCAAUGUGUUUACUUGUCUGCCGGAUACAAAUUGCAUACCUCAUUCUACUGUAAACAUCACUUUAGACGGUAGGGACCACAGGGCUUGCCCUUUACCUCAAUACAUCGUCCUAUCAUGUGCCCUUGGAUAUUUGGCUGUGGCUAUUUUUUUAAGGCUACCUAUAUUACUUAAGGCUUCCUUACUUGUCGUAAUGUCAACCGUUUACAUCUUGCAUAUCGAAUUAUCUCAUAUUGAGCUGUUUUUUUGCUACGAUAUUAGAGUAAGUUCGAUAAUUCCGCUUCACGUUUUGAGCGUUGUGGAAGUGUUGAUGUUCGUAUUGGCGGUUCUACUGCACGGUAGACAAGUCGAAUGGACGGCCAGAUUGGAUUUCUUGUGGCAGAUUCAAGCCAACGAAGAAAAAAGGGAAAUGGACGCUUUGCAACAUUCGAAUAAAAGGAUACUGUUCAAUUUACUUCCGGCGCACGUCGCCACGCACUUUUUAGAUAAUCAAUUUCGAAAUAACAUGACUACUCUAUCGCAGGAACUCUACCAUCAAAGCUACUCGCGCGUUGGAGUCGUCUUCGCUUCGAUUACGAACUACCACGAAUUUUAUACGGAAUUAGACGGGAAUAAUCAGGGUGUCGAAUGCCUUCGUUUACUCAACGAAAUCAUAGCGGAUUUCGACGAUUUGUUAUCCGAAGAAAGGUUCAAAGCUAUUGAUAAAAUUAAAACUGUAGGUUCUACUUAUAUGGCGGCCGUCGGUUUGAUGCCCGAUCUGAGAAUUUUGGACGACGAUGAACAUACGGCCGGUACGCAUCUCAGUACUUUAGUGGAAUUCGUUUUCGCCAUGCGGGACAGACUUUUGAACAUUAAUGAAAAUUCUUAUAAUAAUUUUAUGCUGAGAGUCGGUAUCAAUAUCGGUCCGGUAGUAGCCGGAGUUAUAGGGGCUCGUAAACCCCAAUACGACAUAUGGGGUAAUACGGUAAACGUAGCGAGUCGUAUGGAUUCGACGGGACUACCGAACCAUACUCAAGUUACCGAAGAAGUAUUCCAAGUACUCAGAUCGUACCCUUACGAAUUUCAAUGUCGCGGUAAAGUCAAAGUUAAAGGUAAAGGUGAUAUGACGACAUAUUUUUUGAUAGACAGAAAACAACCGGGAACUUUGAGAGUAGAAGAAUUAAAUAAUAUCCGAUCGACUCCUAAUAAUUUGAAUAGUAUUAAUAAUAUGUACGGUGGGGUAGCCACUCCGCUCGCCCUUUUACAUCAUAGCGAUUUAAAUAAUCGCCCCAAACAUAAUCCCGUACAACCCCGUCAAUCUAUAAGGGAAGAUUCUUAUACAACUUCGAGGAACGUCAUGAGAUUACCGCCUCUACGAGAAACCGCCGCCUCACAUCACGUAAAUAGUUGCGAAAACGAACCGCUGUUGCCAAAUUUCAGAAGCGGUAAAAAGAAAUCGUUACCGUUAGAAGAGAAUCUACCGCCGCCUCCUUUACCGCCGCACAAAAACAAUAAUCAAAGACAAGGUACGCCGGAAAUGAGAUACAAUCCACCAUGGCCGGUACCGGUCGAUAAUACCAAACCUUAUUUGAAACCCCUACCGAAAGUACCGGCCAAAGAAUCGCCCAAUAAACACCACAGGAAACACCCGACGCCGCCACCGGAACCGAUUAGAAAUAAAAUCCAAACUCGCCACAACCCUUUGCAACGUCAUUAUUCAGACGAAAGCUUGGGGGGUGUAUUCGUUUCGGGUAUACCGCAAAGGAUCCAUUCUUCCGCCGACGAAAUUAGUUCUUUGAAUCAUUCGCCGAGCAUAAGUAGUUCGGACGAAAGUUACAGCAGAACCACCGACGCCGACGCUAGUCCCUGCGUAUCGCCACCUCUACCCGCCGACGCCCAACAAUUUCUAUUCCCUUCGGAUAUUCAAGUGAAUCCUCUAUCGUCGCCGGAAGUGUCCCCUAGAGCUUCGCUAGAUUACAUCCCGCCGAAUUGUUCUCUAAGAAAUACCGCCAACGACGUUAAAAGGAACAAUCUGCCGCCUACGGCUUUAUUAGCAUUAGCCGGUGCUUGCAAUACCGUCGAUUCCUCCGUAGUAACCAGUCCGCCGGUAUUGGACGGAGAAGAAAGUUGUAGGGGCGAAAGUUGCGCCAGUUUCGAAUAUCAAAAACCGUUAUUUAGAAGCAUCAGCAGCAACGGAGGUGCCAGAGGAGGCGGCGGUAGUACCGCCUCGAAAAAGAUAUCGAAUAAUUUGGAUAGACACCGAAUUAGAAACGAUAGCGAUUCGAUUUUGGAAUGUAACAAAUUAACGUCUUCGUUCAAAAGGUCGCCCAGUUUCAAAGAAACCGACGAAAUACGACAAUUAUUAUCGUCGAAAGAUGAUGAAGAUAAAACUGCGACGGCGAGCAGCGAAAAGAGCACGAAAAAAGACGGUAGCUGUCAAACUGACAAGAAAGAUUUGAGAAAAGUAAAAAGCCCCGUCGGUAAAAUCAGUAACAUACCGUUCGAAAGGGAAAUUCAAAAAUUGUUAGACGAACAAAAUUUGCUGCAAAACAUACCGCCGAAAUUGGAAUUGAAAGAACUAGCGCUGGAACCGUUAGUCAGGUACGCGCCUAACAAUAACAAUCAUCAAGUCGGUCUGGCGGCAAUUCAAGCGCUCGCUUUAGGUUUACGAGGAGCCAACAACGGCACCAACAACACGUCACCUUCGCCGAGAGCAAGCAGCAAGGAAGGGUCGCUUAAAAGGGGCGCUUCGCCCGGAACUCCCGGACAAGACGCCGUUAAAUUGGCCAAGGUCUCACCUCUCGACAGGUGUCCACGUACUGCCGAAGAAGAAGAAGAUAUUGAUUUAGACUGUGAUAUGCGCGAAAUCCAUCGACAGGACGACGAUACCGAUUUAGAAAGCUUCGAACGCGAAGAAAGGCUAAUGGAAGAAGAAGCCGCAAAGCUUUCGGUGGAUAGAGAAUUGGAAGCGGAAGUGAAACGGCUUUUGGAGGAAAAAAUUCAAGAAAAACUACGAAAUCUUGAAAAUAUCGUUUUAGAACCUCAAAGACAGGACAGGACGUCUACCGCUGCAGAAGCAAGUCCUUCUGAAUGGUCUGAAGACGAGGAUGGCGGUGCUUCGGAACCAUUAUUGAAUGAUAGAGAAUCUACUGGUUAUACUACAGACGAUCCAGCUUUAGAAAAUAUUUCCAUGAUCAAUGAAACUGGGCUAACGGAUGCAGAAGGAGCUUUAAGCGACGUAAAUUCCGCAUAUAUAGACCCGAAUCACGAUCCCGAUAUGGACGACAAUACUUCAAUGUCGUCACGAGCGUCAUCGAGAAUAUUCGAUUCGGACGCCAUGAUGUCGUUAGAUUCGCUCAGCGCCCUCUACGAUUCCGAAUACGACAACUGCUAUCGUACCGAUGACGAUUUAAACGCGUUGCCAGAUUUAGAUAGAUUAAAUUAUUUUUCGGUACCGACUGACGACGUACAUUUGGCAAAUAUUAGAUCGAUGAGCGAAAGUAUUACCAGAAAUUUCGGUCAACCGAAAAACGAAACGGACGCCGAUAGCGACGUUUAAUUUUAUAUAUAUAAAUUGAUAUCGAAUCGGAGACUGAAUAUAUAAAAAAACGUACGUUUUUUUAAUUGAUAGUCCAGGAAAUGAGAGGCAAAACUCAGGAAUAUCUGAGUUGGACGGAUUAAGAUACAACAAAGUGCAUUCGAUUCGGGGAAAGGAAACUUUGUGCAAAAAAAAAUUAUGAAUGAGAAGUGCAUCUUGAAUGGUUAAAAAAUUCAAUUUUGACAGGGGGUUUUAGAGGUCGUUGUACAUACAUAUAUUCGGUCCAUUUCAUAACGAAUUUCCACGGGAUUUCAGUAGACGACGUAGAUGUCGUCCACCGUUGGCACCAGGUACCUCGUAGAUCUUUUUCUGUUGUUAUAUUCUUGUUCAGUGACCUCGAAAACUUCCAUGUUAUAUAUAUUCGAUCAGUUCCAUAACGAAUCUCCACGGGAUUUCAGUAGACGACGUAGAUGUCGUCCACCGUUGGCACCAGGUACCUCGUAGAUCUUUUUCUGUUGUGAUAUUCUUGUUCAGUGACCUCGAAAACUCCCAUGUUAUACAUAUUCGAUAACUUUCAUAACGAAUCUCCACGGGAUUUUAGUAGACGACGUAGAUGUCGUCCACCGUUGGCACCAGGUACCUCAUAGAUCUUUUCUGUCCUUAUUUUCGUGUUUAACUACUUCGAAAACCCCCAUGUUGUGAAAUUGAACUCAUUUCCGGUAAUAUUUCCCGAGAUUAUAAUUUUUAAAUCAUUCGAGAUGCACUUUUCAAAAUGCAUUAUUCGUUUUUACAAAUGCAAUUUUCAUUUCUUUUGUCUCCCGAAUCUAAUGCACUUUACUGCAUCUUAAACCGUCAAACUGUUUAGAAAUUUGUAAAUUUGGUAAUUUAUUUCCUGGACUAUAAAAGUAAUGUGAUGGCGAGGCAAUAGAAACUUUUUUUUAGCUACAUCUAGACACGUUUUUUACACUUUAUGUCGGCCAUUUUUUUUCCAACUUACUCAGGUUUAUUAUUACUUUUGGAUAUUCUUUUUAUCCGUGUCUGAGUAAUAGUUUUAGAAUGGAUUAUGUUGUUUACGUAAAUAGUGCAAUAUUAUUUAUAUAAAUGAAAAGUUAAUACUGGAUAUUAUUUGUGGUAUAGAUAUUUCAAAAUGGUGCUUUUUACAUUGAAUUACUAACGAUCUGAUUUAAAUAUGGCUCUCUAAAGCUGUCUUCAGAUGCAAUCGAUAAAACUGCCUCUGCUGGUAGUCUACUGACAUAUUCCAUAAAAUUGGUCGAAUUUUUUUUCUGCGAGGAAUUAAUUCUUUCGGGGAAAUAGUAUACAGGGCGAAUUUAAAUGAAACGUGUUAUUUAAGAAUUAAUUUAUAUAAACAGAGUGACCCUACUAAAUGUUUUUUUUAAGGUAUUUUUCAAAAUUUUUUAUAUAAUAGGAUGGGAAUACUCGAAAAGUUUAAAUAUUUGUUUAUUAUUGAAAUUUUGAAAAAAUGAAAUAGUUUUUCUGUUUUGAAUAUUUUUAUUGUAUAUUUGCCAAAAUUAUUAUGAUAUUAGUUACUGUAAUUAAAAAUUUAUUAAUUUAAAAAUUACUCAAAAAUUUUUUUUACAAGAAAUAUUAUAUACAGUGUGGAAACGUAGAUGUAAAAUUAAUUUUACUUUUCGUAGCAAACUAAAAUACUUUUUUAGGAACAUAAAUACGUAAUUGUGGACAAAAAAAUAUAUUUAAUAAAUCCAUAGCCAAUAUUAUAGAUAUAAUUCAGAUUUUAUAUGGUCGUUUCCACUAUGAAACUCGUAAAAACUCAAUACAUAUUUAAAUAAUGUCUAAUUAUUGUUUAUUUAAAAAAAAUUAGAAUCUUGACUAUACAUUUUUUUUUUAUAAAUUUUUCUACAAAUAUUUACUUAAAGUGUAGUUGUUAUGUUCAUCCAUUAUCUGCUUAUUAUGUAUUUCUUUGUACUUAUACUUUUUUUGUUUAAAUCAAAUUCUUAUUCAUUUUUAUAAAAUUGAAAUUAUUAAGGGAUGAUUGAAACAUUUUUCAGUCUGUCAUUUUUAUAAUUUUGAUCUAAACAUCUUUUAUACAGUGUGUAACAACUUAAUGGAAUAGUAUUUUCGAUAAUUUUCUAAAAAUAUUCUGAAAUACAAUUUCUCAUAACGUCUUUCCUGUAUAAAAAUUGUUGUAGCUGAAGGUUGAUUCAGUAAAUACGUUUUGGAAUUAAAAAUUGAGGUAUUAUAGAUACUUUUUUAGGAUUCAAUUAUAUUUGGUUGAUUCACACUGUAUAAUACAACAUAAACUCAAACUACGGUAGAUUCGGAAAUAUUACAGCUCAAUUUAUUACCAGUUAAUACAUCAUUCCAAACAUAUAUCUAAUAAUUUACAACGUUACUAUAAUUUUAAAAUAAAUUGUCUGCUCCGCGUCGUAUUCAACUCGUUGUUACCAGGUGCCAUCGAUGAUAUCAUGGUGCAGUGUUGCCAGAUCUAUCAGAUAUUAAUUUCGGGAAACAUUUUCUUAUAAAUUGAAUUUGUAGUCACAACAAUAUUUGAUAUAAACUAUAUAUUACAUUUUUUCAAUUUGAUUUGAUCACUUUUAUUACAUUAACAACCAUUUUUAUACCAAUGGAACGAAAAGAAAAAAAAAAAAUACGCAACUUCUCCAUGGGCUCUGUUAUAAUCUGGGAACAGAAUUUUUUCGGGAAAAUACACAGUUUUAAGUACUACACACUUAUGUUAAAAUUAUCAAAUAGUGUUGAUAGAUUAUUUUUUCUCAAUAGAAAUAUAUCAAAAUCUGAUUAUUAUUGUGUCAUCUGACAACACUGAUUCAACAAUAAAAACAUAUUGUAAUGAUGUUAGAUACAUUCUGCUUCUUUCUCAUAUAAAUUGGCCUUUACAUAUACGGAUACAUAUUUAUAAAUAUUUUGAAAUACACCAGAAUUGUUCUGACGUUAGAUACAUUAUUCUUCUUUUUCGUAUAAAUUGGUCUUUACCUAUACGGUUACUGCAGUGCAUUGAAACUGCUCUAAAGACUUUUUAUGAUUGAAUAUCGUUGACAGUUGAAUUUAGACGUGAAAAAGACGUGAAAAUUUUUAGAAUAAAACUAGAAUUUCAUACAAUCUUCCUGUACUAUUAAUAAUAAUAAAUAUAUUACGUGUUUAAUUCAAUUUUUUUUAAAUCUGCAUUAACUGGUAUGUUUGAAAUGAUGUAAAUAGUUGAUUUUGUAGUGUAUACGUUACAGAUAAAUAAAAAAAAAUGUAGACCUAUGUUUUUGUUACUAAAAAUUGAUUUUGUAGAAAAUUCCAGCCCAAAAGUUCCAUUUUGUUAUUUAAAAAAUUAUAAUACUCUUUAAUCGUUAUAUCCUCGGUUUAGUUAACAAAAAAACAAGUUUUUUUAACCAAAUUUCAUUCUAAAAAAAGUGAUACCACCAGUCCAAUGCUUUCUACACCGUUUUCAUUUAAUUGUCAUCUUUAUUUUAACAAUAAUUUCAUAAUUUGAUUAAUGUUUCUUAUUGUUUUUUCGAUGGGGGCUAGAUCUGGAUAAUAUAGUGGAUUUGGAAGCAAUUUCAUCAUUGUUUUCGACUUAGGUUUACUUUCAACUUCUGUGACUAUACACUAAAUUUAUUCUGUGAUCACCAUUCAUUAGAAUAAACAUGCUCGAAUGAUAUUGGUGGCGUGUAUAUACAAAUAUUUCUAUUUUUCUUAAAUGUUCGAAUAUAAAUCUUGAUGUUACAUUUUUUAUAAAUACUACAUGAAAAAUUCUAUCAAUUCCUCAAUUAACGAUCAAAGAAUUGGGAAAUUAGACGGAUUUUCAUGGUCGUAUUUUGAUUUUUGUUUAUACAUAAUCGUAAAUUGUAUUUGUUGUAUUAAUAAACUUUUUUCUACUUUUACCCUGUAUAAAUAUUAUAUAUAUAGCGUAUGUUAAGAGAAAUGUUUUAAUAAUUUAUUGAAUGCUUAAGGAUUAUUGAAUACAUAAUAAAAAAUUACGGUAUUCAACAAAUC